GUGUGUGUGUGUGUGUGUGUGUGUGUGUGUGUGUGUGUGUGUGUGUGUGUGUGUGUAGUCUGUCAGAACAGGAGCUGUUCACAGGUCAGUUCGGAGGGCUGGAUUCUGGCUUCAACAGUGUGGACAGCGGCAGCAAACGCUGGUCUGGGAAUGAGUCAGCAGAUGACUUCUCGGAGCGUUCCCUCCGGUUAGCUGAGGUCAGCAGAGACCAGAGGAACCUGGAGGAGGAGGAAGAAGAAGAAGAAGAAGAGGAGGAGGAGGAGGAAGAGGAGCAUAGAUCUCCUCUGGAAGCGAACAAAGUGAAUGGAGAUGCUGGGCAUGUGGACUUCAUUGACAGCAGUGUGACAGAGGAAGAGGAGGAGGAGAUGAGGAUGCACCCCCCCACACCCCCCCUCACAGCUCCUCCUCUGGAGCAGAGUGAGAGCUCUUCCCCGUCCCAAAGCCACGACUCAACAACAUGCAGGUCCAGCCUCCAUGUGGACGUGGGCCCCCCAUCCUCGACCUCCCCCUCCCCCCUCCAGCCCUCCCUGGAGGAGCGCAGGAGGCCGGGCACCCUGUUCAUCUGGCAGGAGAGAGAGCGCCUGCAGCAGCAGCAGAGGGACAAGGCCAGUUUGCUGAAGUCAUCCACCAAAACAGGAAGUCAUGUGGCCCCUGCACCACAGACAGGAAGUAGCUCAGCUGGUGGAUCUCCAGAGAACAACAGCUCUCUGUCAGGGCUCCGGCAGCGCUGUGCAAGUGCUGAUCAGAUGAGCGCAGCGCCUCCUCCAACACUUCUGCAGCGCUCCAGCAGCAGAUCAGAUGUUCCGUCCUCCCCCCCCGGUCAGACCCAGAGACCCAACAGCUUCCUGUUCCGCGCCUCCUCCCGCACCAACGUCAAACCCACAGUGUUCACUCUGGGGGAGUCUGGCAGGAGCGAGUCUCGAACCAUGCUGCGUUCUCCUAAAGAGGAGAGGGCCGACAUCACACAACUACGCAGGACUCUGGAGUCCCGUCUGAAGGUCUCCCUGCCGGAGGAUCUGGGCGAGGCCUUGACUAACGGCACGGUUCUCUGCCAGCUGGUGAACCAGAUCAGAGUGCGCUCCGUGUCCAUCAUCCACGUCCCCUCCCCAGCAGUGCCAAAACUGAGCUCAGCAAAAUGUCGACUGAACGUGGAGAACUUCCUCUCUGCGUGUAGGAAGCUGGGAGUCUCUGAGGAUUCCUUGUGUUCCCCCCAACUCAUCACGGAGGACGAGGGGCUGAGUCGGCUGGCUCAGACCGUCCAAUCACUGGUGGACCUGGCCGACAGCUCCCAGCGGGGCCCCAGGACCCAGACGUAGGGGCCGAGGCUCAACGCAGUGCUGACCCGGGGGAGCUGCAAAGAUUCAACAGCAUCACACCAGAGAUCCAUCUCAGGGCCACGCUCCAUAUUUAACAUGUUACACACAGUGUCCAAUACAUGUCAACAAUAAAAAAGACCUCCAGUACGGAAAUGA